AGUGCUUAUAGAAAACUGUUGAAGAUGGGAGGUGCAGUGAGUGCAGGAGAAGACAAUGAUGAAUUAAUUGAUAACUUGAAGGAGGCACAAUACAUCCGGACAGAACUGGUAGAACAGGCGUUCCGAGCCAUUGAUCGAGCAGAUUACUACCUGGAAGAGUUCAAAGACAAUGCCUACAAGGACUUGGCAUGGAAACAUGGAAAUAUUCAUCUCUCGGCACCGUGCAUUUACUCUGAGGUGAUGGAAGCUUUGGAUCUGCAACCAGGGCUGUCAUUUUUGAAUCUUGGCAGUGGCACUGGUUAUCUGAGUUCUAUGGUUGGACUCAUCUUGGGUCCUUUUGGUGUUAACCAUGGUGUGGAGCUUCAUUCUGACGUGAUCGAAUAUGCAAAGCAGAAAUUGGACUUCUUCAUUAAAACAAGUGACAGCUUUGACAAAUUUGAAUUUUGUGAGCCAUCUUUUGUUACCGGCAAUUGUUUAGAGAUUUCUCCGGACUGUACUCAGUAUGACCGUGUUUACUGUGGUGCUGGAGUACAGAAGGAACAUGAAGACUACAUGAAGAAUCUGUUGAAAGUUGGGGGAAUUCUUGUCAUGCCUCUAGAAGAGAAGUUGACUAAGAUAACUCGUACUGGUCCUUCUGCCUGGGAGACCAAGAAGAUUCUUGCUGUUUCUUUUGCUCCUUUGGUUCAGCCUAACCACGCAGAUUCAGGAAAAUCAAGGCUUGUUCACUUGCCCCCAGUGGCUGUUCGCAGCCUCCAGGAUCUGGCUCGCAUAGCCAUCCGAGGAACCAUUAAAAAAAUUAUACAUCAAGAAACAAUGGGCAAAAAUGGAAAUGGGCUGAAGAACCCCCCAAGAUUUAAACGAAGACGGGUGCGUCGCCGUCGCAUGGAAACUAUUGUUUUCUUGGACAAAGAGGUCUUCGCUAGUCGUAUCUCCAACCCAUCAGAUGAUAACAACAACAGUGAGGAUAUCGAGGAUGAGAGACGAGAAGAGGAAGAAACUAAACCCUCUGAACUAAAGCCAGAUCCCCCUGUAAACUUUUUGAGGGAAAAGGUCUUGAGUCUGCCUUUGCCUGAUCCCUUGAAGUAUUACCUGCUUUAUUACAGGGAAAAGUAA